GACAGCUGGAGCACUAAUAGAGCAGCUAAGGCUAGCAGGGCAGAGAGUUUCGGUCUGCAGACCCGGGACGGUCGGGCUGCCUCUGCUGGGGGGGAAACAAAACCACACACUUCACCUCCAGCGAUGAAUAAACCCGGCGCUGUCGACAAACGAGCACCGACGUGGACGUAAAAGCGACUGCAAAUGACAGGCGGCGUCGUCAGGAGGGCGAGCUCCGUCUAAAUGUUAUUGUCAAUUAAAAGCCAUAUAUGGUCAUAAUGUCCUGUACUGGCAACCUGGUUUGGGAUGUGAACAAACGCUUGAUUGGAUACAGCGAGCCUAAUGCCAUCAGGACCAACUAUUUAGGUAGAAGAGAAUUCGUCCAGAGGCUAAAACUCGAGGCCACUUUGAAUGUACACGAUGGCUGCGUCAACACAAUAUCCUGGAACGACACGGGUGAAUAUAUCCUGUCGGGGUCGGACGAUACUUUCUUGGUCAUCACAAAUCCGUACAACAAAAAGGUCAAGAAGUCGAUACGUUCAGGUCAUCGGGCCAACAUCUUCAGCGCCAAGUUCAUGCCCCACACCAACGAUCAGGAAAUCAUCUCGUGCUCCGGCGACGGCAUCAUCUACUACACGCACACGGAGAAGAGUCCCGACUACAACAGACAGUGUCAGUUCACCUGCCACUACGGAACGGCGUACGAGAUUAUGACCGUCCCCAACGACCCCUACACGUUCCUGUCAUGCGGCGAGGACGGCACAGUUCGAUGGUUCGACCUGCGGACGAAAACCAGCUGCACUAAAGAAGACUGCAAAGAUGACAUCCUCAUCAACUGUCGAAGAGCAGCCACCUCCAUAUCCAUCUCUCCUCUGGUGCCGUACUAUCUGGCCGUCGGGUGCUCAGACAGCUCAGUACGGAUAUACGACCGACGCAUGCUGGGUACCAGAGCCACAGGUAACUACAUGGGCCGGGGAACGACGGGCAUGUGUGUGCGGUUCGUUCCCACCCACCUCUCCAACAAGUCCUGCAGGGUGACGUCUCUGUGCUACAGCGAGGACGGUCAGGAGGUGCUGGUCAGCUACUCCUCCGACUACAUCUACCUGUUUGAUCCCAAAGACGACCAGGCCAGAGAGCUCAAGGGCCCGUCGGAGGAGAGGAGGGAGGAGCUGAGGCAGCCUCCAGUGAAGCGACUCCGUCUGCGAGGGGACUGGUCUGACACCGGACCCCGAGCCCGUCCUGAGAGCGAGAGGGAGAGGGAUGGAGAACAAAGCCCAAACGUGUCCCUGAUGCAGCGGAUGUCGGACAUGCUGUCCCGCUGGUUUGAGGAGGCCAGCGAGGCCCAGAACAGCAGAGGAACCCGGCCUCAGGCCCGACCCAGAGGCACAGCCAUCCGACCCGAGGGAGUGUUAAACACUCCCGCCGCCCCAACAGCAGACUCCAGCCAGGGGUCAAGCGCCCCCGAGAGGAGCACCGGGGCGGACACCGCGGAGGGAGCCGCCAGUCCCGCCGAAGCUGCCGCCACGCCUAAACCCGCCUCCUCUUCCUCCUCAGGAUCAUCGUCCACCACAGUCGCGGCAACUCCCACCGCCAGCUCCUCUUCAACGGAGAGCUCAGUCCCUUCCUCGUCCCCCACCACAACCUCCCCCUCCGGCUCGGAGCCGAGGAGUCAGCCCAGCACGACGGCGACGCCCACAACCAGUGCCACGCCCACGUCUGAACCUGCCCUCUCAGAGUAUGGCCCCCACCGGUUGCCCAUAAGUUUAGUGUGUAGGCGUUUGCAGCGGCUGCUCCGGCUGGCCGACCCCCCCGGACAGGGUCAGCGCGCCGCCCCGUCCUCCUCCCCGGCGGCGUUUGAGAGACGGCCACAAAGAAGCGCUAACGCUGCCGCCACCGCUGUCGCCAAGCAACCGUGUACAGAUUCCCCCUCGUCUGUGGUAAACAAACAGCUGGGAUCCAUGACUCUUGAUGAACAGCAGGGAGCUGCAGGAGCUGCAGGAGCUGCAGGAGCUGCAGGAGCUGCAGGAGCCGCAGGUUCAUCUCACGACGACUCCCCUCCUGCAGCAGCGGCCAGCAGCCCUCCCACCUCCUCAUCCUCCAUCUCCUCCACCUCCUCCUCCACCCUUGCAACCAGCAGCCGGUCAAGUGCGGCGGAGCCCGUCCUCAGCUUGCACUACAGCUCGGAGGGAACCACCACAAGCACCAUAAAGCUGGACUUCACAGAUGAGUGGAGCAGCAGCACAUCCACCUCGCUGGGCAGCACCAACCCCAAAACGCUGGCGACCGCGGCGCCACCGAGCAAAGAGAGUCUGUCCACGGAGAGCUUGGUAUCAGAACCGGGCCGCUCCGAGUCUUCCUCGCAGCAGAGUCUGCCAGCCGCCGCCGCUGCAGAGCCUCCGUGUGGCGCCUCCUGCUCCGGCGCCGUCAGCGGCCCGGCGGGCCCCUCCGACGGGACCAGCACGACGUCCUCGCCGCGGGACCGGGGCCAGCCCGAGGGGUCUGAGGACACGACCGGGGGCUGCAGGAGAGCAGAACCCUCUGGGGAGGGAGAGGAGGGCCCGACGCAGCCGGCGCCGAGCAACCAGGACUCGGACGACAGCGACGACGAUCCCAUUCUCAUCCCGUCAACCAGGUUCAGAGGGCAAGGACAGAGAUUUAGUUCCCGAGGAUCCGCAGUAGGAGAUAGAAUGAUCAGACGCUCAGCUGCAGCUCGGAUCCAGGAGCUGUUUCGUCGGAGGAAAGAAAGAAGGGAGAUGGAAGAGAGCGAGACCCAGAACAUCAGGCGGCCCACGGUGAAAAUGGUCUACAAGGGCCACCGUAACUCCCGGACGAUGAUUAAAGAGUCGUGUUUUUGGGGCAACAACUUUGUGAUGAGCGGCUCCGACUGCGGACACAUCUUCAUCUGGGACAGACACACGGCGGAGCACGUCAUGCUGCUGGAGGCCGACAACCACGUGGUCAACUGCCUGCAGCCGCACCCCUACGACCCCAUUCUGGCCUCCUCCGGGAUAGACUACGACAUAAAGAUUUGGUCGCCGCUGGAGGAGUCGCCAUCGUUCAACAGAGGCCUCGCCGCAGAGGUAAUAACGCGGAACGAGCUGAUGCUAGAAGAAACGAGAAACACAAUCACAGUGCCGGCCUCUUUCAUGCUGCGAAUGCUGGCCUCCCUCAAUCACAUCAGAUCAGAUCGACUGGAGGGCGAUCGCUCCGAAGGCUCGGGCCAGGAGAACGAGGACGAGCAGUAGACAGGUGGCAUUUUAUUUAAAAAAAACAAACAAAAAGAAUAAAAAUAACUAUUUGUCAUUGCUGUAUAGCACUUGAAAAAUACCUGAGAUUUGUAUUAGUAUAGUAUAAAAUAAUUUGUAAGAUUAGUGUCAUUUCUAGCCUCCUGUGUGUUUGUGUGCGUUUUUUUUAAAGAUGACUUUCUUACUGAUGUUUCCGUAUCAGGAUUACUACAUCUGUGUGAGUGCUAUCAGGGCGUCAGUACUUGUAUAGGUUAAGUUUUAGAACAAUGGCGGCUGGUGUGAAAGGAUGUUAAGUGCAAUAUUAUUUCCGUGAGAGAAGCAGGUGUUUGAUCAGUGUUAACGUUUGACAUUUUUGAAUUUGUUGCAAAAAACGAUGUUGAUGUGCUGCCACGGCAGUUCAGCAUGUGAAUACAGACUUUAAGUAAAA